AUGGGUCUUUCCUCCUCCAGAAAAUCCCAGGCACCACAGGACUACCAGGUCCAAUUGAGGAACACAGAGCUGUACCAGCAAACUCUGUACACCCAGACAAUGCCUGUGAACAAGAUUAUCACCCAUCCAGACUUUGAGAAGUUCUAUGCCUUUGGGAGUGACAUUGCCAUGUUGAAGCUAUUCCUGCCUGCGAACAUCACACCCUAUGUCAUUCCUGCCUGUCUCCCACCUGAAGAAUUGCAGCUGCACAGUCACACAUCCUGUUGGAUAACUGGUUGGGGAAGGCUCUCUGAGAAGACACCACUGCUACCAGCCCACUCUCUCCAAGAAGCUAAGGUGAACUUUGUGGAAAGCAUGUUCUGCAAUACCAUCUAUAGGCAAACAUAUGGUAAAGGCAAGGACUACUCUGUGCAUGAAGAGAUGCUGUGUGCAAGGGACACCUCAGCAGGAAAGGGCAUCUGUCAAGGUGAUUCUGGGAGUCCUCUUGUCUGCUAUGGCCCCAAUGCCUGUGUUCUAGUAGGGCUGGGCAGCUGGGGCCUGGAGUGCUGGCAUCCUGUCUACCCCAGCAUCUUCACCAGGGUCCCCUACUUCAUUGACUGGAUCAAUGAAGUCAGGAGGCUGAGUCCUCCACCAGACCCUCCUCCCACAGACAUUCCACAAAAGCCUCUGAGGGCUUCUGCCUCACUCCAGCCCUACAGCACCCUUGUGAGCUCACAGACCUGGCUCCUCCUGCCAUUUACCCUCAAAGUACAGUGGCAGGCCCAUGGGUGA